AUGACUACGAUUCCAAUAUCUAUUAAAUAUGGUGGCACUACAUAUCACAUGCACCUUGUUGAUUCACCUGAGCUUUCCAGAUCUGAACAAUUCAAUAUGAUCGCCAGCUAUAUUCAUAUACCAGUUAAUGGCUUAAAACUGAUCCAUAAAGGCAAACGAUACACGAAAGAAAAUUGGCAUGAAUUGACGCUUGCAUCGAACAUGAACUUCUUGGGCAUUGGAGAACAACAGGAAGAUGACACAAAUGUGGACAUAAAAGACAUUGAAUGUAUAAUGCAUCAAUUGAAAGUUGAUCGAAACACAGCUGUUCGUGCCCUGAAGCUUCACCCGAAUGUCAUCGACGCGAUUUUGUAUCUAGGAAACACAUGA